UUUUGAUCAUAACUUAUUCUAAUUUAUAUUUAAUUUUUCAAUAUAAUUAUUUUCAUCAUUCACAUUGAUUGACGAACCAUUGUUGGAUUCAAAUUAUUUAAUCGGAGCAAGUUUUAAGGUCGCAGCCACUUGAUUAAAACUCACUAGUAACUGCUAAUCAACUUUAUGUUAGGCUAAUGCUGUUUUGCGUCCGACGCUGGAAAAUUAGUCCAACUUUUAACAGCUGUUUAUGUGACCAAAUGAUGGAUUUCGAGGCAAAGUCAAACACCCAAAUGCUUCUCAAUGGGAAUACAGAAACUUCCAAUGAAUUGAUAAAUUCAAACAUUAGUUACAAGGAAACUUUGUCCAAGCUAAUGGAAUAUGACAGCGCUUUUCUGUUUUGAAAAAGCUUAAUCCUACUAAUACGAAAGAUGCAAGAAAGAAGCUCAAUGUAAUCACUGAACUUUUGAAGUGACUCGAUAUAGAAUUGGAUGAUUUGAACAAUCUUAAUAUUAUUCAUAUUGUUGAACUAAAGGCGAAGGCUCAACAUGUGCCUACAUUGAAUCAAUUUUACGGUGAUUCAAUUUUAUUUUGGUUGCGAAUUCGACUGUACAAAUAUUGUCCCAAAACCAAUUGUUACACGUAUAACAUCACUUGGUAUUGAUCAUACUUCUGUUUUGGGUGAUACUUUGGAAUCUAUCGCAUGGCAUAAGGCUGGUAUAAUUAAAGCUAAUGUUGUUUGUUUCACAUCUUCUCAACCUGAACCAGCUAUGCAAGUUAUUCGCAAUCGGUCAAUUGAAAAAGACACUGAAGUUAUAAUUUGUCCACCGAUGGAAAACUAUGAAAACCUUACACCUUAUAAAAUCAAUUUAGGUAUUGAUGGUCACGUUCAAAGGGUCAAUGCCUCUCUUGCUUUACAAAUAUCUCGGUAUUUUCAUUUGAAGAUGACUUCUGCGGAGAUUAAUCCAAAAGAAUUGAUAGCGUUAGGCAAUGGUUUCGCUCUGGACAAAGAAGAAGUUUCAGGAUUAGUAAAAACAAAUUGGCCUGGUAGAUGUCAACUAAUUACCAAAGGAAGGGUUCAUUAUUUCCUGGAUGGUGCCCAUACUGUUGAAAGUUUAAAUAAUUGUUGCAUUUGGUUUAAACAAAAAUCAUAUCUUCAGUCAUCCAAUGAAAAAAUAAUCCGCAUUUUAUUCUUUUUUUCGGCCGGUCUCCGCCAAUAUGAAUCUUUGAUUCAAAGAGUUGCUCAGGAAUCGUUUGAUGUCGCUGUUUUUCCUUCAAAUUAUAUUGAAAAUAUUUCAAUUUAUCCUGAAAUUAUGCUGGAUUCUCGAUUUGAAAUUGAUAAGAUCUCUGAUAGAAUCAACAAAACAAGAGAAAUGUGGCAAGCAAUACAAAAAGACCUCAACAGAAAUCCUGAUAAUUUUCACCAAUUUUCAAGCUUAAAUAAAGCUUUAGAUUUCUUGGAUUCAAAUGAAUUGAUUGAAAAAUAUGGGGUUCAGGAUGAUUUCAAGCUUCAUGUUCUAGUCACUGGUAGUCUAAUUUUUGUUGGCAAUGUCUUAGCACUUAUAAAUCCUGAUACAUCAUUUCAUCUUUAAAUGGAUCUUGGAAAAAGAAAUAAAUAAUUCCAGUCUCAAGCAUUUGGCUGCUUUGGAUAUCGAUUCUAGACCACCUCUUGUUCGACAAACCGGAAUAAUAUGUACA